CCAAAUUAAACCCCAAAUUUCAAAUGUCAAACACCGAAGAGCUCGAAAUUUCACCUAAUUAUGAUUAUGAUGAUGAUGAUUAUAAUGAUGACUACUACUGCGCCACCGACGAAGGAGAAGAAGAGGAAUUCGGUGGGGGAGUGAAAGCGGAAAGCAACAGGUUCCCUGAUAAGGUGGUGCGGCUGAGCCCAUUUUGUGGCGGCGGCGGCGGCGGGAAGAGCUCAGGAGAAUGCCGCAGCUGGAAUGGGGCGGCGCUGAUGAUGCUAUUGUGCGCCGCGGGCCUAAUCGUGGACCCUCUGUUCUUCUACGCUUUCUCCAUCAGCGACAGCUGCAUGUGCCUCUUCGUCGACGGGUGGUUCGCCGCAGCCGUGACGGUUCUUCGCUGCAUCAUCGACGCCGUGCAUCUUUGCGACUUGUGGUUGGCGUCGAUCAGAAGAAGGAAACGCCGCAGCGAUACCGCCGCUUUCGGCCGUCCUGUCACUGCUCCUCCGUAUCUGAAACGGAGUUUCCUGCAGCUUUUCCUCAUCCUUCCUUUGCCGCAGAUAAUGUUAUGGGUAGCAAUUCCAGCAUACCUAGAGAAGGGGUUAAUCACAAAUGUGAUGACGUUACACUUAAUCGUCUUCCUCACCCAAUAUGUUCCAAAGAUCUAUUUUUCCGUUGUCCUCUUAUGGCAGAUGCACGACCUCUCUAGCUACACCGUUUGGUGUGGGAUCGCUCUCAACAUGAUGGCAUAUUUCAUCGCCUCUCAUGCAGUAGGGGCAUGUUGGUUUUUGCUAGGAAUACAAAAUGUUGUCAAGUGCUUGAAAGAGAAAUGCACAACGAAUAAGGAUUGCAGACCCAUAUUCCUAACUUGCAAGGACCCAUUUUACUAUAGAACAACAAGCACCGUAAGCUGCAGCGGCCAAACCUCUAGAAAUGCCCGCUUGCUAUGGGGGGAGAACCGCCACGUAAGGAUGACCUGUUUGGACACUGAUGAUAACAACUUUGCGUAUGGAACUUAUUAUGAAUGGACCAUUCAACUCGUUACGAAUGAGAACCCUUUGGAAAAGAUUCUCCUUCCCAUCUUUUGGGGACUCAUGACUCUCAGCAGCAGUUUUGGUAACUUGAAGAACAUGACAGAUGAACUUGAAGUGAUUUUCAUGAUCCUCAUUCUCACAAGUGGGGUACUUCUAGUCACCAUGUUUAUUGGCAGCACCAAGGUGUUUUUUCGUUCAAUGACGUCAAAGAAGCAAGCAGUGCACUUGAAGAUGAGAAACAUAGAGUGGUGGAUGAAGAAAAGACGGUUGCCACCCAAGAUAAUACAAAGGGUGAGAAACUACAAGUGGCAACGCUGGGCAGCGAUGGGAGGCAUGGAAGAUGAGUGGGAAAUGUUACAAGAUAUUCCCCAAGGACUUAGGAGAGACAUCAAAUAUCAUCUUUGCUCUAACUUGAUUAGGCAGGUACCUUUGUUUCGGCAUUUGGAUAAUUUGGUCAUGGGCAACAUAUGCGAUCGUUUGAAGUCCCUCAUAUUUACAGCGGGAGAAACGAUAACUUGGGAGGGUGAGCCAGUGAGGAAAAUGUUGUUCAUAGUGAGAGGCCACCUUGAAUGCCGCCAGCAUAGCAUCGGCAGGAGCUGCAUGCUAGGACCCGGAAACUUUAGCGGCGACGAGCUGCUGUCCUGGUGCCUCCGCCGCCCCUUCGUUAACGUGCUGCCACCGUCCUCAUUCACGCUUGUCACCCUCGAAACCACUGAGGCCUUGGGCCUGGACGCCCACGACCUCAAGUACGUGACCCAACAUUUUCGGUACACGUUUGCAAAGGAGAGGGUGAAGAGAAGCGCAAGAUAUUACUCUCCGGGUUGGAGAAGUUGGGCGGUCGUCGCUAUCCAGUUGGCGUGGCGCCGCUACAAACGUCACCAGCCAUUCACGGCGUCGCUUCCCUUUGUGAUGCCGACUGCCGAGGAGGCCGUCAACUCCAUCGUUUGAAGAAGAAAAAGAAGCACGAGGAGAUCGCCUCAAGUUUUACGCGGCUUUGUUCACCCCAUCUAAGCCGCCUGAUCAAUAAGGACGGAUUUAGGAGAUCGACUCCGUAUUAUAAUCUAUAUAUGUAAUAUUUUCAUAAAAUUAUGUUACUUUAAUUAGAUAUAUACAUGUCCCUUCCUUAAAUUUUAGUUAAAUUAAUUUAUGUCCUCACAUAAUACAAUACUUAUUCGGUUAAAAGGGAAUCC